AUUGCCUCGGCAACGCGAACUUUCUGCGAGGAAGAGAAGGGGCGUGCUGAGAGACGACUCUCUCCCUCUCUCCCUCCCNUCCCUCCCUCCCUCCCUCCUAACACCGAGAAGGAGAAAAAAUUAAUGUAAAUCUACCGAUCUGACCCCGACACGCACCUUCUGAAUGCUCGAUCACAUAGCUUAGACGCCAUUCGAUCUGCCCUGAUUUUCUUUGUCCUAGAUUUCCUGUCUCAUUGGAUUUUCAUAAAUAUCUGGAUUAAUCUGAUCUUCUGAUAUUUUGGUCCAUACCGCCGAAUUCCUAUUUCUAUUUUUAACCUUUGGGAUUCUCUAAAUCCGAUCGAGAACGUUUGGAUCGGGUUUAAAUGGCAGCUUCUCGACGCCUCCGGGACCUGCAAUCGCAACCAGGCAACAAGAUCUGCGUCGAUUGCUCUCAGAAAAAUCCACAAUGGGCGUCUGUAUCGUACGGCAUCUUUAUGUGCCUUGAAUGUUCUGGCAAGCACCGUGGUCUCGGCGUUCACAUCAGCUUCGUCCGAUCCGUGACCAUGGACUCCUGGUCCGAGAUCCAGCUCAAGAAGAUGGAAGCCGGGGGCAACGAGCAAUUCAACGCGUUCCUCUCUCAAUAUGGGAUCCCUAAAGAGACGGAUAUCGCCACAAAGUACAACACCAAUGCUGCCAGUGUUUACCGCGAUAGAAUUCAAGCUGUAGCUGAAGGGCGUCCGUGGCGUGGUCCUCCAGUCGUUAAGGACACGUUAGGGAUUGGGAAGAAGAGGCCUCCACUGGCGCAGACCAGCGGUGGCGGUGGCAAAGAUGCUAAUUCGGGGGGUAAUGGAGGUUGGGAUAGUUGGGACAACGAUGAUAGUUUUCGGUAUUCGGAUAUACGGCGGAAUCAGUCUACGGGGGAUUUCAGGAGCGAAGGUGGUAGUGGUGGCGCGAGAGGAAUACCUGCAAGAUCAAGGUCGACCGAGGAUAUUUACACGAGGUCUCAGUUGGAGGCUUCAGCUGCAAACAAAGAAAGCUUUUUCGCAAGGAAAGUUUCAGAGAACGAAUCGCGGCCUGAAGGGGUUCCGCCUUCUCAAGGGGGAAAGUAUGUUGGGUUUGGAUCUACACCUCCGCCAGCUCAACGGAAUAAUCCGCAAGGGGAUGUUAUUACGGAUACCGUGUCUGUUGUUUCUCAGGGACUUGGUAAGCUAUCUCUUGUUGCUGCUGCUGCUGCUCAGUCUGCUGCUAAUGUUGUCCAAGCAGGCACAAAAGAGUUCACUUCCAAGGUAAGAGAUGGAGGUUAUGAUUACAAGGUAAAUGAGACAGUAAAUGUGGUCACUGCAAAAACUACUGAGAUUGGGCAAAAGACCUGGGGAAUUAUGAAAGGAGUCAUGGCAAUGGCUUCACAGAAGGUUGAAGAAUACACAAAAGAAGGCAUUACUUGGAAGGCUGAUAACUGGCAGCAAAACGAUAGCGAGAGAAAUGGCUAUUAUCAGGAGUUCAGACAGGAGAGCAAGGGGUGGAAUUCUUCUGGAGGGUAUUCCUCGUCGGGUAGACAGUUCAACUCUGUCAGUUCUGGCUCUUGGGAUGACUGGGAUAGCAAAGACAAUAGAAAAGACGAGCCCAGAAAGGGUGCAUCAUCUCAGAAUGGUGACAGCUGGACUGGGUGGGAUGAUGCUAAAGAUGAUAGCUAUGAGAGUUUUUACUCAGGUUCGUCCAGUAAGACCCUGGGGGGACAGAAUGGGAAAUCAGAUGCCCAGUGGACGGAGGGUGGCUUCCUGUAAGGUUAGUAGUUUUUCUGUUUUUUUUUUUUCUUUUUUGUUAAUUCUUUUACAUGCUAAAUAGGAAUGAAGGGCUUGUGUUUUUCAAGAUAUUCGACAAAUUUGCAAGAUGUGGGAACCUCUUUGGUUUGAAAAUUCAACUGUCUGAAUUUGUGAACACUAAUAGAUAAUUAUUGUUUCAUGGUUAUGCUCGUCA